AUGCCCGUUGUCAAGGUUAUUAGGUCUAGGAGGAAGAGGAAAUAUUGGGCCUCGCUGGACUGCUUCAACAAACGGACUACGCUGAGAACGGUCAUGCGUGAGUACCGUAUGUACAACAAGAGAGCAUUUCACUACUACAAUUGCAAUACCGAGGAUGAUAACCCUUCGGCUGUCGUCUGGAUUGUCAGGCCGUAUUUUCAGAACUGCAAGGUCUUCCUGCUCAGAGGGUCUUUCCGUCUUCCCAACUACGAGUGGUUGAUAUCAAACCCCGGUCGCGAAUACCGUGUGAAAGGCGAGGACCGCAUCGCCCUCUGUGGAAGCAAGACUGCGGUGGUCGUCAUAGAAGAAGAUUGA